AUGGUACAAGCCUUGAAGAAAUGUCAGCAUUAUCUUUUACCUAAAGAAUUCAUUGUUUAUACUGAUAAUCAUGCCCUCAGUUUUCUGAAUGGACGGAAGAAGCCUAGUCACAAGCAUAUGAAGUGGGUUGAACGCCUUCAAGCAUACACAUUUACCAUCAAGCACAAGAAGGGGAAGACAAUUAAAGUGGCAGAUGCAUUGAUUAGAAGGGUGUGCAUGGUACAAGAAGCUCAGUUGCAAAGUGUGGGAAUUGAUUCCCUCAAGCAAUUAUACAAGGAUGAUGAAGAUUUUAGUGAGAUAUAUGAGGUAGUUGAGAAUGUUGGAAAGGAUGUGCCUGAACAAGCAAAAGUUUCUUUGGAUCAAGAACAAAAUAAUGAGGAGGAUGUGCAUAAUGAUAAUGAUAAUGAUGGUCAAACACUAAUUAUAGAAGGAAAUAUAGGUGGUGAAGAAAAUGUUACCCAACCCAAGAGUGGAAUAACAAAUUAA